UGACAGUUUGCAUCUUUACUAUUCAAUGAGUACAUAUUGCUCCUGAAAGUGAGAGAAUUUUAGAACAACUUUCAUGAAACCUUCUUCUUCUUCUUCUCCUUCAUAACCUUUUUCUCUUUCUCUCUGUUUUUAAAUGGUGGGGUCUCGCUGCCCCUUCUUGAUAUUCGAACCGAUUUGAUCUGUGAACAAAGUGGGCAGCCUUUUUUUUGAAUUUCAGCAACUGGGUGAGUUCUUUCUUCUCAGCAUUACUCUCUCUUCUCCCUCCUUCAUUCAAUUUUAUUUUAACUUCAAUUCUUGUCUUUUUCUCUUCCUUCUUCUGUUCAUAUUUUGUUGAUCCCUACCUACCCUUUCUCCUCCUCUUUUUCUUUCAUUCUUUCACGAGGAUCUGUCAGAUUAUACCCUUUUUGAAUCCCUAAAGAAUGGGUAAAGCUACAAGGUGGUUGAGGGCCUUAUUGGGAAUGAAGAGAGAGAAGAAUUCCGAUGAGAAUUCAUACUUGCCCGCCGGAGAUAAAAAAGAGAAGAAUCGAUGGAGUUUCUCCAAAUCCGGAAAGGAAUUCACCGGAAAAGUUCAAAUGCUACCGCCACCGCCGCCGAGAAAAGCAGUGGCAGAUGCCGAUUGGCAGAGAUCUUAUCCUGCAGAGUCCGAGGAAGAUCGCAAUGACCAUGCGAUUGCGGUGGCCGCCGCUUCGGCAGUCGCUGCAGAUGCUGCCGUCGCGGCGGCCCAGGCGGCAGUGGCCGUUGUUAGACUUACGAAUCAAACUAGAGGAAGUGCUCUGCUCAAUGGAGGGAAAGAGAUUAUGGGUGUUGUUAAAAUUCAAAGCGUUUUCAGAGGAUUCUUGGCGAGAAAGGCGCUACGAGCAUUAAGAGGAUUAGUUAAAUUACAAGCUUUAGUAAGAGGAUUUCUCGUAAGAAAACGAGCCGCUGCAACAUUACAGAGCAUGCAAGCUUUAAUCAGAGCACAAACCACCGUCCGAUCACAACGUGCUCGUCGUCGUUCAUAUAACAAAGAGAACAAAUCCCAACCAGAGAAAUCCCCAGAGAAUGACAUCAGAUCCCUUUACUCCGACGAAACAGAACAUCCAAAAAUCGUGGAAAUGGACACAAUGUUCAAAAGACCCAAAUCAAGAUCCCGUCGAUUCAACAGCUUGGUGUCGGAGCUGGGGGAAGAGCGGCCAUCGCCAUACUUAUGGACAAUGGCAUCGCCGGCGAGAAUAUCAGGAGGGGAGUGGUGUUUGGGGGGAGGAGAGGAAUAUGGGAGGAUGUCGACGGGGACGGCGCAGAGCACGCCAAGAGGAGGGAGGUGCCGGUGGGGGGCGGUGGCGACGCCGGGGAGGAGCGUGUACGGAGAAGGGUAUUAUCGUGGGUAUGGGAAUUAUUAUCCGAAUUACAUGGCGAGUACGAAAUCUUCAAAGGCGAAAUUGAGGUCUCGGAGUGCGCCGAAACAGAGGCCGGAGAUAUGGACGAAGAAGAGAGUGGCGUUGAAUGAGAUAAUGGGGGCGAGGAAUAGCAUUAGCAGUGUUAGGAUGCAGAGAAGCUGUAAUGGAAUUGAAGGAGAAGAAGGAUUUGAUGAAUUUUGAGGAUUUUCUUUUUCUUUCUUCUUUUUUUCUUUUGAGUGUUAAAAACAGAGUGUUCUUGUAAAUUCAGCAUUUCUUAAUGGAAGUUUAAUUUAUUUUAAAUUAUAAGUUUAGCUAGAAAGCCUACAUGUUUUUUGCUUUUUUAUUUUCGUAAUUAUGUUUAGCCUCAAAUCUUAGGGAUGCAUUCUAAUUUUUUAAACUUCUAGCUUUCUCAAAUUUGUAAUUUAAUCUUAAGCUUAUCAAUACAAUUUCUAUCCUGUCUUU